AUGAGUACAAGAGAUAUGCAUUCAGUACAGCAAGCUCUCAAAGUAGUUGAACAGUUACGGCGUGAACGAAAUAUUCGACGUGGCGCAGUUUCAGCUUCUAUUAAAGAUUUAAUCCGGUUCACUCAGGACUAUCAACGAGAUGAUGUUUUGUUAACAGGUUUCCAGAAUGAUAAAAUGAAUCCAUAUCGUCCGAAAAGUUCUUUUCAAUGUAUGCUUCUUUGA